AUGCAACUCAAGGAGUUCAUCGGGCGCAUUCCCAAUUACGCGAUAUUGUCGCAUACAUGGGGCACAAACGAGAUCACCCUCCAGGAUCUUCAAGUUGGAGGUGCCAAACUUCAGUCAAAGCAGGCUUUCCACAAAAUCGAAGCUACAUGUCGCCAGGCCAAGCGCGAUGGUCUCGAGUACGCAUGGGUAGAUUCCUGUUGUAUCGACAAGACCAGCAGCGCCGAACUAGGCGAAGCCAUCAACUCUAUGUACCGGUGGUAUCAAGACUCUGCAGCAUAUUCGUCGCCAUUUGCGAAGAGCCGGUGGUUCAAUAGAGGAUGGACGUUGCAAGAGCUCAUCGCUCCGAGACAGGUCGAAUUUUACAACGCCAAGUGGCAAAAGCUUGCAGAGAAAAGCUCUAUCGUCAGUGAUUUGGAAAGGAUCACUGGCAUUGAUGAGUUCGUUUUGAGGGGAGGAUCGCCCCAAAGAGCAAGCUUGGGUCGACGGAUGAGUUGGGCGGCAGGAAGGAAAACAACCCGAGUUGAGGAUAUCGCCUACUCACUUCUUGGUAUUUUCGACGUGAAUAUGCCUCUGCUAUACGGAGAAGGAACGGACGCAUUCGCGCGUUUGCAAGAGCAGAUUUUGCAACAGUCUGACGAUCACACACUCUUUGCGUGGCGCGCAACGUCACCAUCUGGGCCGGAUGAACCUCUUCGUGGCCUUUUGGCGCAGUCCCCGGAUGAGUUUUCCAACUUCAGAGACUGGCCCAAUCCACACAACGAUAACAUUGUCCAAAUUUGGCCGCGAAGCCCCGUGGGGGUGUCAAAACGCGGGAUCCACUUCACGUCCAAGACGAAAGCUCUCGGGCGGCGAGGCAUUCUGGACAUAUUGCUCUUCCGAUCGAACGCGUCGUCAAUAAUUCUUCCCUUGAACUGCAGUGUAGGCGGCGAUCCGCAACGCGUGGUGGGGAUCUACUUGGACCUCCAGGAUGGCAACAGAUAUGCCCGAGCACGGCCAUCAGAACUUGCGGAUAUAACGAUCCCAGGGGGUCGACGUAUGGCGAUCUGCGGUAUCCGCACAUCAUCAGAUCUAAGGAUCGGAUAUUAUGACAAUCCAUGGGGGGCUCGACCUCCAGGGCUCAGCGACAUAGAAACACUGCACGUGGGUGCUACAAGCCUCAACCCACGGCGAAACACGACGCCGAUAGGAUACUAUCUUGCAGGCAUUUUUACGGCCGAAGAGGAAGGGGGCCCGUUGAGAUGUUACAGCUACCAACACGAGUACCGCGAGGGACGGGCACUCAACUCGGCGCUGUUUCUUCAACUGCAGAGACAUCGGCGGUGGACUUUGCUACUGAAAGGGAGAUCUGAAGGUGACAUCGUCUUAGUCACAUUUUGGGUCUUCAAGGAGAGAGAUCUCAAGUUCGAUGCGUGGCUCCUGAGAGACACUGCGUAG